AGCGGAGCAGCCGAGCAGAGGCGGCGGCGGCGGAGCCAGCGAGGGAGCAGCCUUGACGCAGCAGCAUCACGGUCACGGGCCGGGCCUCGUGCGCUCCGCCCGUUCCGAGUCGCAUCGUAUCGAUACGCCCGAUGCGUCGUCACAGGCACAGCUCCGCCGCUCAUGUCCGCACCCGAGUUAUUAUAUACUACUACUACGGCCCGCCACCUUCGCUUCGCUAGCGGUCCGCACCCGUUGCCUCCAAACUCAUUUCUCCCGAGCGCCGCCGCGAGCCUCCGUUCCAGCUUCGUCCAUGGCUUCCCUCACCGGAUCCGCUCUCUCCUUUGCGAGGCCCGUCAAGGCAAUCAGCAUUAAGUCUGUCUCUUUCUCUGGUUUAAGGAAGGAUAAUGUAGCCUUCCGCUUGCAGCCAGUGCCACAAAGAUUCGCAGUCUGCUGUCCUGCUAAAAAGGAGACUGUGGAUCGGGUUUGUGAUAUUGUCAAGAAGCAGCUUGCACUUCCUGAGGGCACUGAGGUCUGUGGCUCCUCUAAGUUUCAAGACCUCGGCGCUGAUUCGUUGGACACUGUUGAGAUUGUUAUGGGCCUUGAGGAGGCUUUCAAGAUCACUGUAGAGGAGUCGAGCGCGCAGUCAAUCGCAACUGUGGAAGAUGCUGCUAAUCUCAUCGACGAACUUGUUGCAGGAGCAGCAAAAUCGUGUUAAACUGGUCGUAUUGCGUUGGGUGCUGUACCAGGGCAUCACUUGUUGUUCUAUGCCCCCUUGCCUACUAGAUUUUCUACCCUGGGCCUGGAGAGAUGUUUCUGUCAUGACUGUCAUUGUGGAUCUCGCGAUAUUGUUAUAUUGAAGCUUUUGUGCUUGUUCAAGAAAAGAAAAUGUUGUU